GCCAGGAAGUCAAAAGUUGCUCGUACAGCGAUAAAUAAAACUUGUGGACACCAACAACAAAACUACAGCUGGAAACAUAUACAUAAAGAUUUGUGAGCAAAUUUCCCUGCUAGCUCUCAACGAUGGACAAGCUUCGUCGUGUGCUAAGCGGCCAGGAGGACAAUGAAGAGCUGGGUCUCACUGCACAGGUCCUUGAUGCCAGCACUCUCAGCUACAGCACCAGGGUGAAAUGGUUCGUCAUAUGCUUUGCUUCAGGCAUCCUGUGCUCAAUACUCGGUUCAGCACUCCUGUUCCUUCCAAAUGGCAUCAAGCUUUUUGCUGUCUUCUACACACUAGGGAACAUCGCAGCUCUUUCCAGCACCUGCUUCCUAAUGGGACCACUAAAACAGUUGAAGCGCAUGUUUGAAAAAACAAGACUGAUAGCGACCAUUGUCAUGCUGCUCUGCCUCAUCUUAACACUUUGUGCAGUGUUCUGGUGGCAUAAAAAGGGGCUGGCUAUCAUCUUCUGUAUUCUGCAGUUUUUGGCAAUGACGUGGUAUAGCAUCUCCUACAUUCCAUUUGCCAGGGAUGCUGUGAUGAAAUGCUUCACUACCUGUCUGAGCUAGGACUCCAUAAUUUCAUGUGAUGACUGGUCCUAAUAUGCAAAUUACAAGAAUGGUGGCUCUGUAAAAUAUACAUCUGUGUUGUUUAUACGCUAUAUCUCCAAAUUUUUACUAUUGCUACUUCAGACUGUGAAUUCUCUGCUUUUUAAGUCUUGCUAAAGAUUAUUACCAGAUUAUAACACUCAUUACCUUUUGCUUCUGUUGUGAUCGAAAAGAGUGCCUUUUAUGCUUAAUAUAUUUAAGGAUAUUCUUAUGUUUUGAAGGUUUUAUACAUUUAAGUGCAGGGAAAUGAUUUUGACUUUGCUACACAUUGUAAUUUACAGGACAAGUGCCUUACUGUGUUAUGUAUGUAUUUACAUAUAGUAUGAAUGAAGAGGUAUUUUGAAAAAUUGGCGAACCAUACAUAUUUACAUCUUUAACAGUGUGAAAUUGCAUUAAAACACAUUUUCUGUCUUCUGACUACGUAUGAGGCACUGAUGUUUAAAUGCCCUCUCAGAUGCUCUUCAGUGUUUUUAAAUAACUAUUUUCCCUCAGGCAGUAGUGGCACCGCUUCAGUGAUGAUGCACUGGGAUAUGAGAUAUCCACAGCUCUUUUGAGGUUUUUCCAGCCAGAUAGAUUAAAAAUGAGCGCCUGUCUGGGCUGUUAGUCUUCCAAGUGUAUGUGACUACACCUGCCCCCCCACCACCACCCACCCCUCAGCUCAUCAAAUUACAUUAAAAUUCUUUCUCCUUUUUGAAUUUGAUUUCCUGCCAGAUGUAGCAAUGACCUAGUUAAUUACGCCUUUCUGAGCAUUGUGCUUUUGACGUGACCUAAUAACCCAAUAUAGCUUGCAUUGGGAUCCCUAUAUUGCUUCAGCAUGAUGGCAUAGCCUUUGAGGAUAGGGUUGCCAUGACAACCUCCUCUGAAAGAUUCGUAACCUCAACCUACCCCCAUCUGUGCCGCAGAUGUUCAUAUUAUCCUGAUGAGAAGGUGUGCGUCUCUUUAUUUUAUAGAACACCUUGGACCAGCAGUCAUGAAUCCAUUUGAUUUACAGUGAAGAAAUGAUUUUAAAGCUGUUUAAUGCAUCCGUCUCCACAUAAAGAAAGACACACUGCUUCUUAUCAGCCUAUGUAGUAACUGAAGGGUUUGCUUCAGGCUCACCAAACAUGCCUCUAGGUUUUCUUUGUACUAAAUAACAGCAAUUCAGCCCCCACAUGUUUUCAUCAGGCACUUGUAUAAUGUGGUGGUGGAUUAGCAUUAGCAAAAUCUCCCUUCUGUACUUCUUGUUCAACUAACUUAAUAGUGGACCUGCAAAUCCCUGAAUACCGUAUACUUCCCAAGUAAUCUGAGGGAUAAAAUAAUUCCCUUGAAUGAAGAGAGGUUGGUUGUUUUUGUGAUCAGUUUUCUUUACCCGCUAUUUUUGGAUUAAAAGUUUGAGGGUGUGGGGGAGAAAUACCCUGACCCCA